AGAGGCAGCUGCAGAGUGAACUCCACAACCUACAAUAGAGCAAAGAGGUUCUCUUCAGAGAAAACUACACAAUCCUGACAGAAAACUAUUCAAAGACUAGCUGAAAAUGGAAGCAGAUAAGCAGAAAGUACAGACCGAGAAGGUUCAGGUCACAGACCGUGAUCUGUCUGAGCAGAUAAAGGCUGUGACUAAAGAAAGCCACGUCCGAGCCGAGAACACAGAACUGAUGCUGGCCUUCCAGAGAGGAAACAUCAACCUGCAGCAGUAUAAGCUCCUUCUGUGCUCCUUGUAUAAGAUCUACGAAGCUCUGGAAGAGGAACUGGACAGGAACGCCUCUCAUGACAGCGUCGCACCAAUUUACUUCCCUCAGGAACUGGGCAGGUUGGAGGCACUCAAGAAAGAUCUGGAACACUUUCAUGGUCAGGACUGGAGAAAGAAGAUGAUCGUACCAGCUGCUACACUGAGAUACGCUCAGAGACUGAGAGAGAUUGGCAGCGAGCAUCCUGAAUACCUCGUGGCUCACGCUUACACUCGCUACUUGGGUGACCUGUCAGGUGGCCAGGUGUUGGGCCGUAUUGUCCAGAAGUCUUUAGGACUGAAGAACGGAGAGGGUUUGGCGUUCUUCUCGUUUCCCACCGUCAACAGCCCGAAUCUGUUCAAGCAGCUGUACAGAAGCAGGAUGAACAGCAUCGAGCUGACGGAGACACAGAGAGAGGGAGUGCUGGAGGAAGCUGUCAGAGCCUUCGAGUUCAACAUCCAGGUGUUUGAUGAACUCCAGAACUUGGUGAGCAUCUCAGAGAAGAAUGAGCUGAGACAGAGACACAAAGCACACAACCUCAAGACUCCAGAUGUCAGAGUGAGCCAGAGCUCAGAGCUAUCCUCCUCACUGACGUCCACCUCUCAGCUGCUCAGGAUGCUGCUCGGAGUGUGUUUAGCUCUGGCAGUCGGAAUGGGAAUGUAUGCAUUUUAAAUAUUACGGCUGUGUAACAUGUAAAAUACUGUGUAGUGUGUAAAUAUAAAGUGAUGAGUCGAGGUUAAACUCCCGGAUCAGGAAAAAUUUCUGUACACUUCCAGCAUGCACUUUUCUGGAAUCAUUUUUAUAUGAUAGGUGAUAGGAAUAUUCUGGUUAUAUUUUGUACACUGUGUAAUUAUUAUUAUUGUUGGAUUUAUUCUGAUUUCUUAAUAAGAGGAUCAAUAAGGUCAUUGUUCAGACAUACUGUAUUACCCAGCUAAUGUUCUGUACUGGAUACAGCAGUUCAUGAGUAAAUCUAAGUAAAAUGUUAAAUACUUGUAAAUAUUUGUUGAAUAUUAAAAUAUACAUAUUUUGACUAUUUUAUAAAAAUAAAACAUGAAAGAAAACAAAAAAAAAAA